UAGUAAGUUCGAAAUCGAUGUUGCCGACAGUCGACAGAACUAAAUCAUUUUUGUAACGUUUUGCCGCUUAUGUCGGAAAAAAUAAUUAUAUCAAAACUCUGCAGUUCGCUACAACCACUAUUCCAAUGUUUCUCAAUGAAGAACAGUGCGUACAUUCACUAAAUUGACUAUGGGCCUCUGUUGUUAUGUGUAAGAUCGAAAAUUGUUGAAGUGGAUUCCUGUUGGUUUCAUAUAUGUCCGAAAGGAGUGCAAUGUGAUACGUAAUGGCGGGUAAGGCGUUACAGUGGAAAUUGGUGGCUAAUCCAAAUGGGCCGCAGCCCAGGCCGCGCCAUGGACAUAGAGCUGUCGCAAUUAAAGAUUUGAUGGUAGUUUUUGGUGGCGGAAAUGAAGGGAUCGUCGAUGAACUGCAUGUUUACAAUACAGCAACAAAUCAGUGGUUCGUUCCAGUCACCAAAGGGGACGUGCCACCAGGAUGUGCUGCUUAUGGUUUCGUUGUUGAAGGCACCAGGUUAUUGGUGUUCGGUGGAAUGGUAGAAUAUGGCAAAUAUAGUAAUGAAUUGUACGAACUACAGGCUUCCAAAUGGGAAUGGAAAAAAGUUUGUCCGAAAAAUCCUAAAGCUGGCCUCGCCCCAUGUCCGAGGUUAGGACAUAGUUUCACCAUUGUAAAUAGCAAAGUUUACUUGUUUGGAGGACUAGCAAAUGAUAGCGAAGAUCCGAAAAAUAAUGUACCAAGAUAUUUAAACGAUCUAUACACGUUAGACAUUAGAAGUAAUCCCAUGCAAUGGAAUAUUCCACUGACAAAUGGGCCGUCACCGCCUCCAAGAGAAUCUCAUACAGGAGUAGCAUAUGUGGAUAAAAAGCGUUUUAAGUCCUUUUUAGUUAUCUACGGUGGAAUGAGUGGGUGCCGCCUUGGGGACUUGUGGUUUUUAGACACGGAAAACAUGAACUGGAGCAAGCCGACUGUUUCUGGAGUUACUCCUUUACCAAGAUCUCUGCAUACAUCAACACUGAUCGGUCAUCGGAUGUUUGUUUUUGGAGGUUGGGUGCCCGUGGUGCCCGAAGAAGGAAAGGUGGCCAUUAAUGAAAAAGAGUGGAAGUGUACGAGCACAAUGGCAUGCCUUAAUUUAGAGACAAUGAACUGGGAGGACAUCGAUAUUUUCAGUGAAGAUGAAACCAAUGUGCCCUGUGCCAGAGCUGGACAUUGUGCGGUUGGUAUCAGUACACGGUUGUAUAUUUGGUCGGGUCGAGACGGUUAUCGGAAAGCUUGGAAAAAUCAAGUAUGUUGUAAAGAUUUGUGGUUUUUGGAAGUGGAUAGACCUCCGGCUCCAAGUCGCGUGUCCCUGGUGAAAGCAGGCACCCAUUCUCUGGAAGUUAAUUGGACAGGAUCUCCGUCAGUUCAGUCGUACGUUUUACAAAUACAAAAAUACGAUUUGCCACCAGCGAUGCUGCAAACGCCAAAGCCUGCGGCCUCCCAUCCCAGCCAGGCUCAGCUAAUGAAUUCGCCCAAAGCUGCACAAUCCGUGCCUGGCAGUCCACCUGUAAUGUCGAUUCAGCAGGCUAAAACUUCCGUAACACCUGUUGGGAGCCCUGCAAAGGUUCAAAUCAAGCCUCGUCAUCCAGUUAAGUCAACCAUUAUCACAAGCCAACAUGGGUCCCAUUUGCAGUCCAUUCCAGCUACUGUUAAUGCUGGUGUGCCAAUAACAAUUUCUGGUGAUAACGUGAAAAUCGUGCAGCAGAACCAGUCAAGUACAGGGCAAAUGUCGGGUAUUCAAGCCCUGGCUGCUGCUGCUGCUGCAACGCAGAAAAUAACUGUUGCUCAGGCACCUACUCAGAUCAAACUGGCAAAUCCAGUUCGGAUGCAAGGUGCUCAAGGGACUACAUUAAUUAAAACUGCUUCACCGCAGCAGGGUAAUAAACAAGUCCUAGUGAAGCAAGGUACAAAUAUUAUCCAAAAGCCUGGAGGCGUUCAACAGCAGGUGGUUACACUUGUUAAAACAAGCACAGGAAUGACGCUGGCUACUCUACCGAAAGGUGGAAAUAUUGUUCAGACGACGAAAUCGGUAGGACAAGUACUUUCGCCACAGGCAAAAAAUAUAGUUAAACUUGUCCCGGGCAAUGCCAGUAAUAAGAUGCUGACGACCCUGAAGACAAUUCCUUCGAAUAUGAUACAGAUGAAUAAGACUACCGGAAAGUUAAUGUUAUCGAAAGGAGGCGGCGGGCAGAUCCCAACCCUUGGCAAUCAACAAGUACUAAUGGUCAGUUCGACUGGAGGACUCAAAAAUAUUCAGACAAUAACAAAUGCACAGGCAGUAAAUAUGUCACUGGUGAAAACCAACACCGUUAAUGCGAACCCAGUUGUCGCUGCAUCAGCUCUACAAAACCUCCAAGGAGUGAAAAUGUCCAAACCCAUUACUAUAUCCAUGCCCAUGCAAGUUGUUGGAUCGCCAAAAACUCUCACGUUGGGGAAAAAUACAAAACAGCUGAUGAUUGGUGGAAAGCAAUUAACUGUACAGAUGGCUUCAGGCACCAAUAAAUUGACUGUUGUCCAGCCUUCCCAACUAAGCGGAGUGGGAAAAAUCAUGCGUUUGCCAUCCACUCCAUCCGUCUCCAACAACACCGAACAACCGAAAUUUAUGGUGGUACAGAGACCCAAACAAGCUACAACACAACCAUCUGCUAGUUUAGCAUCCUCUUCAUUUGAGGGACCAGCAACGACCGAUGCAGCUCUGGCCGCAUUGGCAGCCGAGGCCGGUUUAAUUGUUCCUGAAUCGGACAAACAAUCAGAUAGCAAAGAAUCCGAAUUUGGAAGUGGGGAUUCUAUGAUGCCCGAGGAUGCUUCCACUGCCUCCGUAAUAGGGCUAUCAGAUAACGCAGAUAUGCCAGAAGCGUCUGUGAGUGGUUUGCUGGGUGGAAAUCGCUAUGCAAAACUUUCUCUGAAAGGAGGAUCUGUUCUUCCACCGAAAGGAUAUGUUUAUAGCAAAUUGGGACUAAAGGGCGGUAGUAAAGAUGAAGAUAGUGUCAAAUCACCCACUACUACGGCUGAGGCUGAUUCAACGCAAAGUCUAAAUGGAUUGAUUAAGCCGAAAGAAGAGAUAAGCGAUGAUAUGGAUAUUGAUGAAAUAGAUAUUUGCCCUAAUCCCGUCAAGGAUGAACCUAUGAACGAUGAUUCUGAUAAUAAAGAUCACGUACUCGGAGACAUAUUUCCAUUGUCAAUCAACGAAAAUUCUCUCGAUCUGAAUAUUAAAAGCGAUGAACCGGACAGCGGAUUUAAUUCGACCUCCUUUAACUCUAACCAGCUCCAUGGGCUUGCUCAUGCCGAUAUGGAUGAAGCCGGUGAGGACGAGGAAGAAGAGGACGAACAAGAUGACGAUGAUAUGACUGACAGCAACGAAGAUCCUCUAACCGCAUUAGCAUCAGUCGCUCUGGAUGCGUCUAAGGAGUCCAAAGAUGAGAAGACUGACUUCCCUGCUAUCCCCCAAGAGCCAGUAAAAGGAACCUGGUACACAGUAGGAUUCAUUAAAGGCACUAAUUACGACGUGCAAAAUUACUUUUUAUUAUCUGAUACCGACAAACUAACAGUUGAUGACCUUCCCGAAUUAUCAAAUUUUCCCAGAAUCAACUUGGAGCCUGGAACUGCUUAUAAGUAUCGGGUAGCCGGAAUCAAUACGGUUGGGAGAGGCGAAUGGAGUGAGGUUUCAGCGUUUAAAACAUGUGUUCCCGGAUUUCCAGGAGCCCCAUCUGCAAUUAAAAUUGCAAAAGCAAAUGACGGUGCCCACCUAUCUUGGGAACCACCUGGGUGCAAUCCUCAUGAAAUACUAGAAUAUUCAGUAUAUUUGGCUGUUAAGGGAAAGGAAAAGACUGCUGGCAAUGCGCCGCCCCAACUGGCUUUUGUUCGAGUAUACUGCGGACCGAGUAGUCAGUGCGUCGUGGGAAACGUUUCAUUGCAAGCAGCCCAUAUAGACACAUCUACAAAAGCUGCUAUUAUAUUUCGAAUAGCAGCUAAAAAUGACAAGGGUUACGGACCUGCAACCCAAGUUAGGUGGCUUCAAGACACCGGAGUUCAAAGCAAGGGGUCUAAACGAUUACCGGAACCUACUCAAACUGGUACGAAAAAAAUGAAGUUGCAGGACGAGAUAUGAUUUGAGCUAUAAGGAACAUGUGUAUAUUUAGAAUAUUUUAUAUAUUUUUACCAUACUUGCAUAAUUUUUAUGCUACAUAAAAUGCGGUAGUAUAAACAUUAUCAAUUUAAGUGAAGAAUUGAAUAAAUUGGCCAAGAGUGUGGGGCUGUAACUUUACUUUUAACUGUGAGUGGUAAAUAAUGUUAGGCGCCAUUGUUUUUUACUUCGUUUCUAGCUUUAUGGGGACGGGUAAAUACCGGUUUUUAUUUGGCACAUUUUGAUUAUUAUCUAUUUUUGUAAUUAGAAUUUCGAUUUGAAGGUAGUUUUUCUUUUGAGGCAAAUGAGAGCUUGUUAAGAAACAUACUAAGGGUGCCCAUUUAGAACCGCAAAUACAUACAAAUUUUGUACCAGUAAAAAAAGUUUAAAUUUCAAGUAUCUAUAUCGAUUGCAGUUAUACAAGAUUGCCGAUUGAAAAUGUUCGAUCAGAUUUGUUUCCAUCCAUUCACUGUUAACUCUGUCGGUGUCUAACAUUUUUGUAUAAAACUAAAAAAUUUUGAUGGGCAUUUUUCAAGCCAUCCUGUAUACAAAUUUGAAGAUGUUUACAAUUGACGUCUGGAAAGUCAACCGUGUUGUUAUAAGUCGAAAUUUUGUUGAAGAAAUUAAAAUAGCUAAUAACAUUUCAAUUUUCUUUCGCAUGUCUCGUUCAAUAAAGUAAUGAAAAGAUUUCCGUUAGUUAGUUGAUUGUGCAUAUUAGUUUAUUGUAAAUAAGCAUUUUGAAUACUUUGUUUUUGACAUAUUCACAAUUCCUGAUUACUUUUAAGCGGUUUCUGCUAGUUAUUAUUUUAGUAAGUUCAUCUUUCUGUCAGCAAGUAUUGCAUUUUCAUAACAUUUUAUUUAUAUUUUGGUUCACCAUAAUAUAUUUGUCCAUUUUUAAAAUAAAUGAUUUACGAAG